AUGAUGAAAUCUGUGAGAUAUGUCAGCAAGGAAAACAAGCAAGAUUGCCGUUUCCUACCUACAAAGCCUGGAGAGCCUCAGAAAGGCUGCAGCUUGUGCACAAGAUGUGUGUGGACCAAUGAAGAUCGAAUCUCUCAAUGGGAACAGGUUUUUACUGUAUCAUGCUCAGCAAAUCAAAAGAAGGGCUCAAAAGGUUGGCUGUUAGAUAGUGGUUGCACAAAUCACAUGUCACCAGAUGCAACCAUUUUCAAAACUUUGGAUAAAACUUGCAAGACCAAAGUAAAAAUUGGGAAUUAUGGUCAGUUUAUAAAGGCUGAAGGAAAAGAGGAUGUGUUAAUAUGCACUCCUACAGGUGGCAAAGUCAUUUCAAAUGUGCUCCUUGUACCUAAAAUUGAUAGGAACCUUCUCAGCAUUGCUCAACUGCUAGAGAAAGGCUACUCAGUGGUGUUCAAGGAGAAGGAAUGCCAAAUUUUUGAUCCAAAUGGAUCAAGCUUCAUGACAGUCACUAUGACUGAUAAAUGUUUUGAAGUAGAUUGGCAAAAUGACUCACAUUUAGCUUGUAUUGCCUCCAUUGAUGACUCCAAGCUUUGGCACCAGAGGCUUGGACAUGCAAACUUCAAAUCGAUGGCUUAG